ACGGAUAAAGUUUUCAAGGUGAGACCGGAUAUAGACAGAGGAUGGGCUUGGGUUGUUAUGACAACAACCUAUCUAGGAAUGCUGAGUUUUUGUACUGUCCUGUACAUGGCUGGAAUUUUAUACAUUGCCCUUUUAGACAGGUUCCAAGAGGAUGAGGCUAAGACAUCCCUAGUCGGAGCUCUGAGCACCGGAUUACUUUGUUUUGCAGCACCAGUGGGUGGGGUGAUUAACAACAGGUUUAGCUGCAGAGUAUCAAUAAUGAUUGGUGGAGCAUUCACUACAGUAGGUUUAGCUGCAAGCGCAUUUGUUCCAAACCUUAAUUGCAUGAUAAUAACUGGUGGAGUUGUUGUAGGUAUUGGAUUCAGCAUAUCCGCAUCUGGUCUUAUUUGCGUUGUUGGUUUCUACUUUGAAAAAUGGCGGGAUACUGUCUUAUCAUUUUCAUUCUUAUCAGCGGGCGUUGCAAUGUUCAUUGCUGCACCAUUCGGUCUUUUCUUGAUAGACAAUCAUGGAAUAACAGCAUCUUUUCUCAUACUAGCAUGUAUAGAGGCACAUUUAUGUUUAUUCGGUAUGCUAAGUAAACCGUCAACAAUUGAAAACGAAUUGAUUUCUCAAAAACAAAAGAAUAGAGAAAUUAGCGCAAAUUCUAAGUCAAAAUCAUAUCUUGAUCUUACACUCCUAACCAAUAAAUCAUACGCGUGUUUUCUGUUUAGUACAUCGGCAUGGAACUUUGCUCUAACUGUAGCGAUUAUGCAUUUACCGAACUAUGUUUCGAUACUUGGCGGAAGUAGUCAAGAUAUAGGUCUUCUGACGAUGUCAUUUUCAGUAGCCAAUUUGAUUGGUCGGUUGCUUGGAUCACUGACUGUGUCAAAACUGCAUGAAAAGUGUAUCUAUGUACACGUUGUCGUGUUGGCAUUGUCUGGACUUCUCACUUCAUUGUUCGUUAUUUAUUCAAGUCUUCCGGGUGGUGCAUAUAUUUUUGCAGUUCAGCUUGGUGUUUUUACCGGAGUGCCAAAUGUAAUGAUGACAUCUAUUUCAAUAAGUUUUGUUGGUGUCAAUAAGAUUUCAGAGGCUUACGCACUAGCUUUUGUCUUUUGUGGAGUAGGAUCUUCUACCGGACCAGUUAUAAUAGGUAUUUUUACAAUUACUAUUUCAUUGAUAUAUAGUUGA